CCCCGUGCCGCCCCGAGCCGCCCCGUGCCGCGCCCCCCCCGUCCAACCAUGCUGGCGCCGGCGGCGGCGGAGCGGAACAAGGGCCCGAUCCUGGCGGUGCUGCGGGAGUACGCGGGGCCCGGCGCCGUGCGGGUGCUGGAGGUGGGGGCGGGCGCGGGGCUGCACGCCGCGCACUGCGCCCGGGCGCUGCCGCACGCCCGCUGGCUGCCCUCCGACGUGGAGCCGCGGGCGCUGCGCAGCAUCGCUGCCUACGCAGAGGCCAUGCAGGUGCCCAACAUGCUGCCGCCCAUCUACCUGGACGUCUCGCAGGGCUGGGAGACCUGGGGGGGCACCCAGCCCGCCACCCUGGACCUCAUCGUCAGCAUCAACAUGAUGCACAUCUCGGAGCUGCGGUGCACGGAGGGGCUGUUCAAGGGUGCCGGGGUGCUGCUGAAGCCUGGAGGCGUGCUCUUCACCUACGGGCCGUACGCUGUGGAUGGCCAGAUCAGUCCCCAGAGCAACGUGGACUUUGACCGCAGCCUGAGGCAGAGCAACCCCGCCUGGGGCCUUCGGGACACGGCGCUGCUGCGGCAGCUGGCUGAGGCCAACGGGAUGCGCCUGGAGAGGAUGGUGGACAUGCCGGCCAACAACAAGAGCCUCAUCUUCCGCAAGCAGUAACCCGCCGCACCCUGCGGGCACCUCCCAGCACCGCUUUGCAAGGGGCCGGGCACGGCAGCGAGGGCGCAGCGCCAUGGGUUGCCCUGCGCCGCCUGGGCUUGGCCGGAGGUCUCGGGUCCACCUCCUCUGGCUCCAUCCCUGGGACUCCCUGGGUGGCGCAGCGGGCACAGCCUGGGAGGGGGCGCAGCACGGCCGGGCACAGGGGGCAGCUCUCUCCCAGUGCCGGUUUCCGUGUCUCUGGGCAGGCGCCGUGCCGAGGUGUGGGACCCCGUUCCCCACGUGGGACCACGCUGCUGCCCCCAAUAAAGUCUGGGGGCCGUGCCCCACCAGCAGCUUCCCAAGAGCUCCAGCCCGGCCGCCGCGCGCUGUCCCUCUGCCAGAGACACAUUUGGGGUGGGGGCUCUCCCUCCAUCACCACCCCCCAGCACCGAGGAUGCGGGGCACCAGCCCCUGCCCAGAGCCAGCACGCAGCCGCGGAGCAGUGCAGAGCUCGAGGGCAUCACGCUGCACCCGAGGCUUCGGUGCUGCGGGAAGGUUGUCGUGGGUGGGGGUCUGGGCAGACCCCUCUGCAACCCAGCCCAGUCUUUUAUUGCUGCUGCCCAGGCUGGGGGUACAUGGGGAGGGCAUGCGGACAGAUAAAUUACAGGGGAGGGAGCUACAAAAUGGUGAUAACUGCUAAAUAAAAGCUGCGGGCUUG